GGCCCCCCGGUCACCCCCGCCUUCCGCGGGCCGCCCGUCGCCCCCGCCUUCCGCGGCCCCCAGGAAGCUGGAGUACGUGCCGUUCAGUUUCGAGCUGGUGCUGACGCAGACACCCGAGACUACCACGCUGGCGAAUCUGAGCACUGGCGCCAGCUUUGUAUUCAACGAUCCUGUCGAGAGCGUUAACAAUACGCCCGCGUUUGCCGGCACUGCGGAUGGCUUUGCCUUCUUCACUCAGGGGCUCAACUUCACCACCGGCGAGGCCGUCAUUGAAAUUGUGGCGACUAUCGUCUCCGCCGCAAACCCCCGGGACACCUUCGCUAUCAUUGGCCCCUCCAACAGCUUGAGCAACGUGGUGACAGAUGUCGCCGUUGUUGGCGGCACCGGCCGCUUCGCCGGCGCCACGGGCGCUGGCAAGAUCAGAGUCAUCCAGUUCAUUCCCGCCGAUACCACAAUUCUCCGUCUCGCCUUCUUCUUCUUUGCACUGGCAACUCCACUCCCCGUGCCGGCGGUCUAA